CAAACCACCCGAGGUGUUAUUUUUGCCAGCCUCCUGUGUGGACUGCUUUCUAUCAAAGCACCUCAGACAUGCAUGAAGAAGAAAUAUACACCUCUCUUCAGUGGGAUAGUCCAGUACCUAACACUUACCAGAAAUGUCUGCCUUCCAACAAAUGCUCAGGAACACGGUGUCUUGUGAUGGUGAUUUCAUGUAUUUUCUGCGUGGGAUUAUUAACAACAUCCAUUUUCCUGGCCAUCAAGUUGUUGCAGGUGUCCACCAUUGUGAUACAGCAGCAAGAAAAACUCAUCCAACAAGAGAGGGCACUCCUAAACUGUACACAAUGGAAUAGAAGCCAUGCCCUUCAGAUGAAAUAUUAUCAAACCUUCAUGCAAAACUUUCUCAGCUCAGCCCGUAACUGCAAACCUUGUCCAGACAAUUGGAUUCAGAAUGGAGAAAGUUGUUACUAUGUCUCUGAAAAAUGGGAAUAUUGGCACACCAGUCAAAAGAAUUGUUUAAAGGAAGGCUCCAUGCUGCUACAAAUAGACAGCAAAGAAGAAAUGGAUUUUAUCACCGGCAGCUUGAGGACGAUCGAGGGAGGCCAUGAAUACUGGGUGGGGUUGUCACAGAAUGGACACAGUGGACACUGGCUUUGGCAAGAUGGCUCCUCUCCUUCUCCCGGCCUGUUGCCAGUAGAGCGAUCCCAAUCAACUAAGCAAGUCUGUGGAUACGUCAAAAACCAUUCCCUUCUUUCGUCUAACUGCAGCAGUUGGAAGUAUUUUAUCUGUGAGAAGCAUGCAUUAAGGCCCUCUAUCUGAAAGAAAUUGUGUUCCAAGUGUUGUACUGCACUCAUAUUUGGAACAGGCCAUUGGAAACCACCCCCCCCCCCCCGCCAAAAAAAACC